UCAAUACAGAACGUAGCCUGCGGCACCCUGGAGCUUCAACGUCACGUAGCCGCCCAUUUUACAAGUUGCGCCAUUUGUACAUCGUGAUAGUGACUCGCAAGCAUGUUGAUGGUAUCUUGGUUAUAUCAGAUGUCGCCAAGGCUCGUGUAUGGUUUUUAAAAUCUUGCCAAAAAGCUGUACCAAGUUUUCAAUAUAAAAAUGCACGAGUUAAUUGUGGCAACUGAGGAGUACAUCCACUUUCACGAAUUGAAGACGCGUGCCUCGCAAUGAGCUCCACUGAGAAUGUACUCGAGCUUGGAUGGGUACUCUGGGGUCUUAACUACGCCAAUGUGGCUGUAACUACGUCCUGGACAUAUAACUCUUUCCUCACCUUGGCCGAUGAGGUGGCAUUUUUGACGCAGUCACAGUGGAGAUUACCGAAGCUGCUUUAUAUUGUCUGCCGAUAUCUUACCUGCGGUUACUUGACAUUGGAAAUGCUCGUGGCAUUCCAACCCAUGAUGUCAAUUCACACGUGUCAAGUGAUAUACUCCAUAAACACAUAUUUGGGAAGUUUCAUUGUAGUGUGUGCCGAAGGUGUAUUCUUGCUCCGUGUUUGUGCAAUAUGGGGAUUUGGGAGGAAGAUGGUGGUUCUGUUCUCAAUGAGCGGGCUGAUGUACGUUAUUGCUGCCACCGUGGUGCUCUCGAUCAUCCGAUCCCCCCCUACAACUACUAAGUCACCCAUCCCUGUCACGAGUUGUCUUGAAACUGGCAGUGACAGAACUAUCAUAAUCCUCUACGUGAUUCUAGUUGCGGCGGAGAUCCAAAUAUGGGCGUUCGCACUGUACAAGUUCGCUGCGAGCUACUCGCGUAGGGGUGGUCGUAAUCACCUGUUGGAACAGCUGAUCCAUCACAAUAUGAUUUACCUAACUUGCGGACUUGUCUUCUCCUUCAGUGUUAUAUUGACAACAGCCCGUCUCAACGUGUUUUACGGCUUCAUGAUUGUGAGGUUCUUACGCAACUGAUCAGCGACGUGCUUUGCUAGAACCUGUUUCCUUCUCGCUUGCAACCUUUCAUGCUGCGCCUGGAGUGUCAAGUCAGGAGUAAAGUUCUGGCUUUCACCCCUUUUUUCUCUCCAUAUUGUUGAGCAAACGAAGUUGUAUACCUUUUAUUCGUCACCGGCUACGUAUCGAACGUUUUGGUAUAAAUUUAUCUACUGCGGACAAGUAAUGUCAGUUCUGGAAACGGCCCAUAUCUGAGGUUUGAGCUGGCGACCU